AUGGGGCGAAACCGGAUAUCGCAGCUCGCGAUCGUUCAGAUCUUGACUCUCGUUGUCUACUGGCUGAUCUUCGCGGUGAGUGUGCAGUCGGUUGAACCAAAGCUCUGCGGCGGAAAGCCGCUUGCCGGUGGCGGCACACUUUCCCGUCACAUCAGCAGCCGAAGCACGCCCCCGGUUGGACGUCAACUGCUGGCUCUGGUCGACGGAGAGACCUCGUCGUAUUCCAUUCUUUUUGGUGUACUUAGAGAUAGGGGCUAUACAGUGACCGUGCGCACACCAAAAGACCGUUCUCUGACACUCUGGAACGAAGCAGGAACGCACUAUCUCUAUGACGCGGUGCUGCUUCUGGCACCGUCCAUUAAAGGAUUUGGUAGGGACGGUACCGCAAAUGCUUUGCUCGAUUUCGUGGACGCUAAUCGGACUCUGAUUAUGGCCGCAUCACCAAACGCUGGCGCACUCUUCAGGUCGUUGGCGGAAGGCAUCGGUCUCGAGCUCGACGAGGCAGGAACAGUGCUACUGGAUCACGUGCGGGCAGCGCAUCGAAGCGGAGCCGGGCAGGACACCGAAGGCUCGAGGAUAUUUCUGGUUGAUCCGAAACCUUGUCCAUCCUUGGACCUGGGGGCGACCCUUCCAUACUGGGAGAAGGAAAUGCCCCAGCGUCCGCUACUGUUUGCCAACGCGACCGGGUCCCUGGUCGCUCCUAAGCAGGAUUUGCUCCGCCCGGUACUGUGCGCACCAGCCACAAGCUACUCCUAUGAAGACGGCCAAGUAGUCGAAACGGAUGAGGAUGCAGCGCCCUUCACCAUUGGCACGGAGGCCGUUCUGGUUGCUGCGCUCCACGGCCGCUACGGCGGACGUGUUCUAUACAUCGCAUCGACAGAAGCGCUCCAGGAUCGCUUGAUGUCUGGUGAGCAUGGAAACCGAGCAUAUUUCGAGGAUCUUUUUACAUGGGCCCUUGGGGAACGGGGGAUUUUGCGGAUUACCCGAGCAGAGCACCGGCAUGUGCCGCAGGGAAACGAACGGCCGCGCUCUACUCCGUAUCGCGUCGGAGAUCGACUCCGCUUUGAGCUUUGCGUGGAAGAGUGGGACGGUCGACAGUCGCAACAGCGCUGGCGACCCUGGCUCGGAGGUAAUGAACCUCAACUGGAGUGGGUCAUGUUGGACCCGUAUGUGCGCACGAGCCUACGAGCAACGAAGGAUCAGGGCUGCUACGCCACCGAGUUUGACACACCGUCGAAGCACGGCCUCUUCAAAUUCCGUAUUGAGCACUUUCGCGACGGCUACACUCCACUGCUCUUGUCUCAGGUGGUGCCGAUCCGUCCUUACUGGCACAACGAAUAUCCGCGGAUGCUGGUACGCGCGUAUCCCUACUAUGCAGCUUUAUUUUCAACCAUGAUGAUUUUCUGGAUCAUGGCCUACGCAGUUCUCUGGAAAGGGCUCGUCUCAUCGAAGCGACUUGGAAUCCAGACAACAUCUAGGAGUCCGCACGCGACCGUUUCUUCCAAGGAUGCAGCGGCGUCCUCUACCGAAGACUCUGACGCUGACCACCAGAAACAAGAGUAA